GACAUUUUGGUCUUUGUCCGCGGGUCAGUCCGGCCCCUGGAUCCACGUGGCACGAAAAUAGGAGAUGGAAAUUCAUUCUUCAAAUGUACCUGAAUUUACAUGAAGUUGUACAGGGUCGCUUCCUUGUGCAUUCCUGGAGACUGCACCUUCCUCAUCCUUCAGAAGGCCAGGAGGCCCCAGGGCUCAGCCUGAGUUAUAGGACAGAACUUUGGCUCCAGCAUUAACAUUCUAGUGCUGUGUCAUUUCCCCAAUAGCAGGUUAUAAGCUGGCCAAGCUGUAUGUGAUCCUCUGUUGAAGCAAGAAGACGAACUGUGGAUGGUGGAGAAAGAAGUGUAAAGGAAAUUUGUCCAGAAUCCUGAGAAGAAGAUGAGCAGAUAGAGAGGCAACAAGACUUGGGAGGCAAGUUGCAUCCAGCUCCAGUAAAGUACAGACUGAGGAAAAAAGCAGUGAAUAUAAGAAAAUUGGAAAAAUACUUCCUCUGAUCUCAAACCUUAUAUCUUUUAAGGCAACACCUUUUUCAACUUAACCUAGAAAGAGUUUGAAACACAAUUUAGACUUAGUUGUGUAGGAAAGAAUCAUCAAUUAGUUUGGAAAUCCUGCCACAGCUUACUCCUUGUGGUAAUAACCCCCUUUAGGUGUAAAUCAGUGUGGAAAUGCCUUCAUUUAAAAAUUUUUGAACCCCAUAUGAUAUCAGAGCAUUCAUACUGGAGAGAAAACCUAUGAAUUUACUGAAUGUGGUAAAACUUUCACUCACAUGUUGCACCUCAUAAAUGUAGAAGUCAGGCUGGAGAGAAACCCUGUGCUUCUAAGGAAUAUUGAAAAGCCUUUAGCUAGAUAACAAAUCUCAUUGAGUAGAAGAAAAUUCAUACUGGAGAGAAACCAGUGAAUGUAACAAAACUUCAUUUGAGUAUUAGAAAAUUUAGAGUUGAAGAGAAAGCUUUGAAGGUACUAAGUAUGAUAAAGUUUUCUCUUGAACCUUGUCUCUUACUCUGCAUUUGAAAGGUCAUACACAGAGAAGCCCUACAAAUGUAAGAAAUGUGGAAAUACCUUCAGCUAAAAGCAAAUUCUCAUUCAUCAAAAAAUUCAUACUGGAGAGAAAUCUUGUGAAUGUGGGAAAGCUUCCAUUCAGAUGUCACACCUCAGUCAGCAGAGAAUUUGUAGUGGGGAAAACCCCUUUGCCUGUAAGGUAUGUGGGAAAGUCUUCAGCCACAAAUCAACUCUCACUGAGCAUGAGCAUUUUCAUAAUAGAGAGAAACCUUUUGAAUGUAAUGAAUGUGGAAAAGCAUUCAGCCAAAAGCAGUAUGUUAUUAAACAUCAAAAUACCCAUACUGGAGAGAAGCUUUUUGAAUGUAAUGAAUGUGGAAAAUCCUUCAGCCAGAAGGAAAACCUUCUUACCCAUCAGAAAAUUCACACUGGAGAGAAACCUUUUGAGUGUAAGGAUUGUGGGAAAGCUUUCAUUCAGAAGUCGAACCUCAUCAGACACCAGAGAACUCACACAGGAGAGAAGCCCUUUGUAUGUAAGGAGUGUGGGAAAACUUUCAGUGGCAAAUCAAACCUUACUGAGCAUGAGAAAAUUCAUAUUGGAGAGAAACCCUUUAAGUGUAGUGAAUGUGGAACAGCUUUUGGUCAGAAGAAGUACCUCAUAAAACAUCAAAAUAUUCACACUGGAGAGAAACCCUAUGAAUGUAAUGAAUGUGGAAAAGCCUUCUCUCAGCGAACGUCACUUAUUGUACAUGUGAGAAUUCAUUCAGGUGAUAAGCCUUAUGAAUGCAAUGUAUGUGGAAAAGCCUUCUCUCAAAGUUCAUCUCUUACGGUGCAUGUGAGAAGCCAUACAGGUGAGAAACCCUAUGGUUGUAAUGAGUGUGGGAAAGCUUUCUCUCAAUUCUCAACCCUUGCUCUACAUUUGAGAAUACACACAGGUAAGAAGCCUUAUCAAUGUAGUGAAUGUGGGAAAGCUUUCAGCCAGAAAUCACACCAUAUUAGACACCAGAAAAUUCAUACUCAUUAAAAACCUGUGGAUAUCAUGAAAGGUGUUCAUCAGGAAUUUACAUCUCAUAACAUAUCAGAAAUAAUCAUUCUGAAGGAAAGCAUCACAAAUGAGAGAAACAAAAGCUAAAAACUUAAAGGAUACCAGAGAAUUCAUCCUGAAGAGAAAGACAUUUGUAUGAUAAUAUCCAGCAAAAAAAAAAAAAACAUACAGCACAGGUAAUGCUGAAACUUUAGAUGCAUUUCCACUAAAAUUGGGAAUGGAAAACAUGUUUAACAUUGCCGUCUGCAUGGAUCUGGAGAUCUUCACCAAUGUAAAAAAAAAAAAAAGGUUGCAAGUAUUAGAAAGGAAGAGACCUUUAUGGUAUUGAUUUAGCAGAACAGAAGAGAUUCUGGAAACACCUAUGCAUUUAUUAGAAUUUAUAAUAUAGAAAUGGCAUCAGGAGAUGAGAAUAUAACGGGACUAUUUAAAAAAUGAUUUGGAGAUAAUUUGUUCUCCAAGGGACAAAAAAAAAAACAAAAA